AUGGCGCUAAAUGAAAAACUCAAAGAAAUCGGGUCGUCGAUUUACCUCGUCUACCGACGUGGGACCACGGCGACGGCUCGGGACUUCGAGAUGCGGGAUCUUAUCGCUAAUUGGAUUGAAGAAAAAAAAAGAGAAGAUGCCGUGGCUGAUGUGCACGAUGCGGCUGAUGUGCCCCCGGCUGCUCCUUUGCAGCCGCGCCGAAGCGCGCGACUCGCCGCCCUCCAGGCCCCUGCUGCGGCUCUAUCACCAAAGCGCUCGCCAAAGUUGAAAAAGAAGGCGGAUGCUAGGCCGCUCCGCCGCCGGAAGAGUGUGCUACGCAUGAAGAAGAACGAGCAGAACCCGGCCGCCGACGAGGACGUGGAGCAGAAGAACGAUGACGACCAGAAUAACGCGCUGCUCCCCCACCACCACCACGAGCAGGUCGUCGACAAACAAGCCGAUGACGACAUCCACGACGCCCACGAGGGCCAACUCGACGACGACGACGCGAACCCGCCGCCGGCUCCCGGAAGGCUCCCGCCGCUGAACUUUGGGCUCCACCCGAUCGACGAGGAGGAGGAGGACGACGACGAUCUUCCGGGCCCAAGCUGGAUG